AUAUAUGGCACGUUUUGCAAACAAACACCACCUACCCGCACCCGUGAUUCUUCUCGACGUAGAUCUGAUCGAUUUCGCCGUUCGUCUAUGGCUGACGACUUCGAAUUCGCUGACAAAGUCCCUCCAUCCUUCGAUAGCGUGGGAAAUGCUUCAAAAGGGUUCAACCCAGGAUUAAUUGUUCUCCUGCUCGUUGGUGGGUUGGUGUUGAUAUUCUUGGUUGGAAAUUUUGUACUCUAUAGCUAUGCACAGAAGACCCUCCCUCCAAGAAAAAAAAAGCCAGUUUCAAAGAAGAAGAUGAAGAAGGAGAGACUGAAACAGGGCGUCUCUGCACCUGGAGAGUAGACUUUUUCCCCUCUUUAUAUUCUGCGUUGUUAAAAUACUCUUCAAGAAAAAAUUUCGUUGAGUUCUCUGGAGUUAUGUUAGUGUUUAUAUUUGCCCUGUGUUCUACUGACUGAAAUCUUGACGGCAUAAAUUUAGUACUUUAUUAAAAUCUUUGGGUCAAA